CGUUAUUUCACGUCAAGCCCCGAAAAAUGAAAUUGAGAAAACUGGUAAGAGACUGAAAAAAGGCAAGGAGCUACGGCGCCAUAUCUCGACAAAAAUUGACAAUGUCCUUCUUUGUCCGGGUGGGCACGCGACGUUCCUUUUAUUUCCGGGACGAGUGUUGCCUGGCGUCUAAGAACUGUUCCAAGACACAGCCCCGAGGAGCAACGAAAGCAAUACAUUGCCAGCCGCAACUGUCAGAUCAUUGUUACAAAUGAAUACCCCUUAAGCAUAUUUACGUGAAACUAGAUUGUUUCAAUCCCAUGACUCGAUUUUGAAGAAAUCUUGUGAUUUUGACCAUAUAAGUUCAUCACUACUAAGAGAUGAAAAUGUCUCUUGUCAGUAGUUAUCACAAAUGAAAACGAAAAUCCAUCUCGUCUCACUGAUUCUCUUUCUUUUCGCUCUCAUUUUCAGAAGAUUAAAGAGAUUCCCGAUUGACCUAAUUUACAGAGGAUAACAUGCGAGUGGGAGGUAUGGGGGGUUGCUCCGGGCACAAGACACCCUGCUAUGACCCUGCUUUCCUGGCGCGCCUGCAAUGGCUCAGCGGGUUUCUCAAAACCACUAAUUUGCCAGAAAAUUAGUCAGAAUGUCCCUCGUUGUGGACGUUUUGAAAACGGUCACAUAAUGAAUUGUUUUUACAAGGUUAAAAUGCACACAGUAUUUGAUUUGCAGAUUGUUUUUACCUGAUGGAACGUCUGUAAGUACAAGCUUCGCUAACAUGAGUCGAGGCCUGGCCGCAGAGUCCGAAUCUCACCGCCAUCAUGGUUGCGAAGUUGUAAACAUGGAAUCAGAGGCAGAUGAUUUAGAAAAGAAACACGACGAAGGCUAUCAAAUGGACCACGAAGAAGUAGAAUCUCUUUUCAAGAAACUAGAUAAAAAUAAUGAUGGUAGAAUAGACGUGAAUGAACUUGCAGAAGGACUGAAGCAUCUUCAUGGAUCACGGUACAAGGCAGGCCAAGCUCAGCAAAUUAUGACCCUUGGUGAUCAGAAUCUUGAUGGACACAUGUCAUUUGAAGAGUUUGUCAAGUAUGUGACAGAUCACCAAAAGAAGCUGUGGAUUGUUUUCAAAUCCAUUGAUCAAGAUGGCAGUGGAUGUGUGGACAAGACAGAACUCAAGAAGGCAUUUGAGAGGAUGGAUGUUCGUGUAACGGACAAGGAAGUGGACCUGCUAUUGAAAAGCAUGGACAAAGACAAAACCCUCAAAGUCAACUGGAAGGAGUGGAGAGAGUAUCAUCUAUUGAAUCCUAGCGGUCACAGUAUGCAUGACAUCAUCCAGUUCUGGAGACAUUCAACAGUCAUUGACAUUGGUGAGGAUAUGACCAUUCCUGAUGAAUUCACAGAGGAAGAGAAAGUUACAGGAAUGUGGUGGAAACAGUUGGUCGCAGGAGGUGGAGCAGGAGUUGUGUCAAGGACAGCAACAGCUCCCUUGGACAGAUUAAAAGUAUUGUUACAGGUACAAGCGUCAAGUACAAAUAGAAUAGGGAUUGGAUCUGGUUUUGCAAUGAUGGUGAAGGAAGGUGGUAUCAAAUCCCUGUGGAGAGGAAAUGGUGCUAAUGUGGUUAAAAUAGCACCAGAAUCAGCUAUAAAGUUCUUUGCCUAUGAAAAGGCCAAGAAGUUAUUAGGUGCUGAUGAAAAGCAGCUUGGAGUGAGAGAAAGACUGAUGGCAGGUUCAAUGGCUGGUGUAGCUUCACAGACAAGUAUAUACCCACUUGAGGUUCUAAAAACAAGACUGGCUCUUCGUAAGACAGGACAGUAUAGAGGGCUUGUCCACGCAGCAUAUGUGAUUUUUACGACUGAGGGAAUUAGGAGCUUUUACCGUGGACUGUUCCCAAGUCUUUUAGGAAUUAUCCCAUACGCUGGAAUAGAUCUUGCAAUAUAUGAGACACUUAAAAACUUUUACCUCAAUUACCACAAGAAUGAGUCUGCUGAUCCUGGAGUGUUUGUGUUGUUAGCCUGUGGUACAGCAUCAAGCACAUGUGGUCAAUUAGCCAGUUACCCUCUAUCUCUAGUAAGGACUAAACUACAAGCGCAAGCACGGUCUCGUACUUCCGACAGAGGAGAUAACAUGGUUUCAGUGUUCAAAAACAUUUUAAAAGAAGAUGGACCGCGCGGACUUUACAGGGGGCUGGCACCUAACUUUUUGAAAGUUGCGCCUGCAGUCAGUAUUAGCUACGUCGUGUACGAACAUUUGAGAAUGAGUUUAGGAGUUAUUUAACAGACCCGACGAAAGGCAAAUAUAUAUAUAGAAAUGUAAAGAUUAUAAACGGCGGACAAGAGAGAAUUGGACGAAGUGGACGAAGAGAGGGCUUCGAAAUUUUAGCGUUUUCCAAUCUGCCGUGGAAGAUGAAUUUUAAACAACAAGACGGAUGUGUAAUUAGCAUCUAAUAGUUUUUUAAUUUGAUUUUUAUGGACGAUUUGAGUUACACAGCACUUAGUAUUUAGGGGAUUAUUUUAAAGGUGGAUUCAUGUUUAUUUUUAAACAGAAAUUGGAGUUAUAGGGCGGUUUUGUAAUGACUUUGAAAAUAAGGUACUCGCAAAGUUAGUUACUGUCACAAACCAAUCAAAAUUCGAAGGAAAACGAGAAACCCAUGACAAGUGCGUGACCACUCCUAACCGUUAGCAAGCGCGGGAAAAUUCUUGUGCGUCAAAUCAUGAUUGGUUUCUCGUCUGUUCCUGAUUGGUUAAUAAGACAGCGGCUGAUUGGCCAGAACAAGCUUCAGAAGUUCCCAGACCAACAGUCAUUGGAAAACGGCUCUACGCUAUAUUACGUUGUUUUAAUCAAUUUCCAUGGGAGGAAUAUAUCAUGAAAGAUCGUCUUUGGACCCAUUUAACGUUGUAAAUCUUUUAAUUAAGCUUUGUCUAAAAUGACAUCGCGUGUUUAUUAUUAUUAAUAUUUACUAGGCUGUAAUAUUGCUUUUUAUAAAAAAUGCCCAACAGGGUAGAAAGAUUUUAUGAUAUUAGCAAUUUUUUAGUAUCACAGAAAUGGUUCUUAUCUUUGUGGUCGUAGUGUUCAUCUGGGAAGUAAGGAGAGGGGGUGGGGAGGGGGUCAUCUUAUAAGCGUAUUUCACGCAGAGCAUUUUAGAGCUUUGUUUCAAGACUAUUAUUUGCGAGGGUGCCAACUGUAUCAUUUGAUGGUUGUUUUGAUCUCGGAUUCUUUACGUUGACACGCCACACUCCGAAGCCUCACGGGUCGAAAUAACAGAGGUGAACUCUCCAGUUGAAUUUCUCUUUAAGAAUGUUAUCGAACUCUUAUCUAAGUGAUCUCUUCUGUUAUCGAUUUGUUAUUGAUUUUUGUCUUGGUAACACAUCUUUGACUUCUCUAAUAUCUUUUCUUGUCUUCUCUCUCUCUUCUCUUCUCUUCUCACAUCUUCCGUUACACUAAAACAGCAAUAUUUUUCUUAAUUAACUCCCCAAGAUGUUGAUAUUGAGAAAUAUCUCUGUUAAUCGGCCUGUACUGAUCAUUUUCGAUAUUCUUUUCACCGGUGCUUCAGUAUCUUAGCAGUAAUUUAUCGGUAUUUUAAUAUUAUUUUUAAGGGAAGUUGAAGUUUUAUCAGGACUUAACUUAGAAUUAUUACAUUCCAUACACCACUAUUGUGCACUCUCAUUAAAUAGCUUGAGAGAAUUGCUUUUAUAAUAAAAGCUGUGCAUAAAAGA